CAUGGAACAUUCUAAAACUUAGACAAGACGACUGUGAUUGGCUGAAGGUCAUGAGCCCGCCUCCAGGGUGACGUGUCUGCCUAUGGAUAUCAGUUGCCAGAGAAACCUGGCUUUACUAUGGCGGUUCGAGGGACGGCAGUGAGCACACGUCGGCUGCUGGAAAGAGCUGGAUUCUCGUUUCAGGCCAUUAUCAGAAAAGCUAAGUUUGCUGUAUAAUAAGGAUCAGAAGAUCUGAUCCUGAUUACAGAAUCUUAGGUUGUGACUCCCCCCAUCCUUCCAGACCAUCCCAGAAGAGCUAUAAGACUGCAUCUGAGAAAACACUAGGAGUUCUUGGAAGAGCAAGAAGGAAGAGGAUUAUUGGUUGAAAUAAAAGCAGGGUUGAAUGAGUUCCAGAAAGCAGGGUUCUCAAACUCGUGGACAACAAUCUGCAGAAGAAGACAACUUCAAAAAACCAACUAGAAGCAACAUGCAGAGAAGCAAGAUGAGAGGGGCCUCCUCGGGAAAGAAGACGGCUGGUCCACAGCAGAAAAAUCUGGAUCCAGCCCUCCCAGGCAGAUGGGGGGGGCGCUCUGCCGAGAACCCAGCUUCAGGAUCUGUGAGGAAGACAAGAAAGAACAAACAGAAGACUCCUGGAAACGGAGAUGGUGGCAGCACCAGCGAAGCCCCUCAGCCACCUCGGAAGAAAAGGGCCCGGGCUGACCCUACUGUUGAAAGCGAGGAGGCAUUUAAGAAUAGAAUGGAAGUUAAAGUGAAGAUUCCUGAAGAAUUAAAGCCAUGGCUUGUUGAGGACUGGGAUUUAGUUACCAGGCAGAAGCAGCUAUUCCAACUGCCAGCGAAGAAAAACGUAGAUGCCGUUCUGGAGGAGUACGCCGAUUGCAAGAAGUCGCAAGGUAAUGUUGACAACAAGGAAUACGCAGUGAAUGAAGUGGUGGCGGGCAUAAAGGAAUACUUCAACGUGAUGCUGGGCACGCAGCUGCUCUACAAGUUUGAGAGGCCCCAGUAUGCUGAAAUUCUCUUGGCUCACCCGGAUGCGCCCAUGUCCCAGGUUUACGGAGCGCCACACCUACUGAGAUUAUUCGUAAGAAUCGGAGCGAUGUUGGCGUACACGCCCCUUGAUGAGAAGAGCCUUGCAUUACUGUUGGGCUACUUGCAUGAUUUCCUAAAGUAUCUGGCAAAGAAUGCUGCGUCUCUGUUUACUGCCAGUGAUUACAAAGUGGCCUCAGCCGAGUACCACCGCAAAGCCCUGUGAGGGUCUACUGACCACUCACUGUUAUGUCUGGUAUCAGUAAACACUCUUUUUGUUCUUA